GGAGGGUUCUAGAAAUUCAAGAUUCUUUUUUGUCCGUCGUUAGAGAGCCUCAUCUUCGACUCUGCUGCUCCGCCACCAACCACCGUUCUUCCGCCGCCAAAGCCCCCAAGCUCUCUACGCAGCGGCACUAAACGGCUCGCAAUACUUCGAGUAUACUAAAUGGCGAUCAUACCAUCUGCUAGUACAUGGGUUGCUUGUUGGGGACAACCUCAAUUUGUUGCAAAAUCCUCGGUUACAAACAAGUUAUCAACUUCUUUGAACUGUGUCUCAAGCAAGACAAGAGCUUUGGCAUCAACAAGUUCAACAAUGUUUUCUCAAGAUUCCUUGCAUCAAUUUUUCAACGUGAUGCCAUCUAGAAGCCCAUGUCACCGUAGGGGAGCAUACCUGAUUGUCAGAGCUGAUAGUAAUUACUAUGCUGUCCUUGGCGUGCCGAAAACUGCUACCAAAUCAGAAAUCAAAAGUGCUUAUAGAAAGCUUGCCAGGAGUUAUCACCCUGAUGUAAACAAAGAAACUGGAGCAGAAGAGAAAUUUAAGGAGAUUAGCAAUGCCUAUGAGGUUUUGUCAGAUGAUGAGAAACGUUCCAUAUAUGACAAGUAUGGGGAGGCUGGGCUUAAAGGUGCUGGCAUGGGCAUGGGGGAUUUCAGCAACCCCUUUGAUUUGUUUGAGUCAUUAUUUGAUGGCUUGGGUGGCAUGGGCGGUAUGGGCAUGGGUGGAAGAGGCUCUCGGAGUAGGGCAACAGAGGGUGAGGACCAGAUUUACAACUUGGUUUUGGAUUUUAAAGAAGCAGUUUUUGGGGUAGAAAAGGCGGUUGAGAUAUCUCGGCUUGAGGCAUGUAGCGCCUGCAAUGGAUCAGGUGCCAAACCCGGGACCAGCACAACCAAAUGUACCACAUGUAAUGGGCAAGGGCAAGUUGUCACAUCUGCAAGGACCCCCUUGGGUGUCUUCCAGCAAGUCAUGACCUGCUCUGCCUGUGGUGGAACUGGAGAGAGCACCACUCCUUGCGACACUUGUCGAGGUGAUGGUCGAGUGAGCAAGCCGAAGCGCAUUAGCCUAAAAGUCCCCGCUGGGGUUGAUGCUGGGAGCAGGCUAAGGGUCCGGGGGGAAGGCAAUGCAGGGAGAAGAGGAGGGGCUCCUGGAGACCUCUUCGUGAUCCUUGAUGUUCUUCGUGAUCCUGUAUUGAAACGGGAUGGCACCAACAUUCUCUACGCUUGCAAGGUUUCCUAUACAGAAGCCAUCUUAGGGACAACAAAGAAGGUUCCUACGGUUGAUGGCAUGGUUGACUUGAAAAUUCCAGCUGGUACCCAGCCGGGAACAACGCUGGUGAUGGCCAAAAAGGGUGUGCCGUUUCUUAACAAAGGAAAAAUGAGGGGCGAUCAGUUGGUGAAGGUGCAAGUUGAGAUCCCAAAACGGCUGAGUGGUGAAGAGAGGAAGCUUAUUGAGGAACUUGCUAAUCUAAACAAGGCAAAACCUGUGAGCAGUAGGAGAUAAUAGAAGUUGGGGCCAAUGAUGUUUGGUGUUUAUACGCAUACAUGCUUCUCCCCCUCUCCUCUUCCAGGGUGGUGAUCAUUCAGAAUUCAGAAUUUGGAAUUUUCCUACUGGUUUCUCAACAGGUAAACUUGUGUGUUACUCAUUCAUACGUAAAGGGGAUUAGGGGAGUAGGAUACUGUUUAUUUUCUCCUCCCCCACCCCCCCACAUUUUUGGUUACCAUUUUGCCUGAAAAUGUGGGUCCAAAUCCCACGAUUUUGUCAUCUAAAUCUUACAUAUAUGAUACAGUUCCUGUAGCUUUGUUAGUAAAUAGCAUCUGAAAUAGAGCCUAAAGUUUUGGGAAUCCAUAGUUUCUAUUCUGGUAA